AUGCGGUUUGUCCUGGUCCCGGACGAGAUACAACUUGACGCCCCGGAGCCCGACGGAAACCCUGAAGAGCGCGGACUGCUUCGAGGUGUGAUAGGUCGCGUGUACAAACAUCUCUCCAGAGGCGAGGAUAUGAAGUCGUCCUCAACUUCCCAACCUCCUGGUUUCCCGCUCCUUGCCGCUUGCAAACAGGCCUGCGCGGAGGCUCGAAGAAGACGUUUUACCUACCGUGAGGUUGCGGUCGAAAAUAUCUGCAGGUGUUUCUCAGAAAUCCAUGUGGGAAAUAGAUCAAGGAUGCAGAUCGGGACGCUGACAUUUGGGCUGCCAGAUCUAACUCUUACAGACUUCGAAAGCAUUGAAAGGCACAUGAAACUGCUCAUGGGAUCUAGACUGCUGGUCAAACCUGGAACAGCGAGCCGAGAACAAGGGAGCGCAUGGGUCUCGGACGAGACUCGUAAGACUCGUUUAGCAAACGAAGCCCAUUGGACACAGGCAGUGUGGUUCAAGUCUCGCAAACUGCCUCCAUGUAUCACAUUCGCGGCGAUCAUAAUCGGUAAAACGACGAAAAAAUUCAGAGCUGAUGGUGAAACGCAACAGGGCGCCAACUCGGCUAGAUGA